AUGGCGUCCACAUUGACUGAUGACAAACAACCUCAAUUACAGCCCAUUUGCCGAAACUGUACCACCUCGACUACUCCCUUGUGGCGCCGCGACGAAGUGGGCAAUGUCCUUUGCAACGCUUGCGGUUUGUUCCUCAAGCUGCACGGGCGGCCUCGUCCGAUAAGCCUUAAGACCGAUGUCAUUAAGAGUCGCAAUCGCGUUAAGACCGGUCAGGGUCCUAAGCGUAAGUCUGGCGGCCAUGUCGAUGUCAACGGUCUUCCUGCGCAACCUGAUUCUGGCACCCCACCUCUGACCUCCAACAAUUACCGACGCAACUCACGCCGCAACUCCAACGGUCACUCUGAUCGCUCGAACUCUCCCUUGUCGCGCAACGAGACCCCCGGAUUUGGUUCCCUCCACGCGCACAACUCCAACAUCGCCCCUCAGCAUAUGUUUGACAGUGUUACUCGAGGCGACGGUGCUCUGAACUUGUCCGGCAAAAUGGUUCCCAUCCCGCUUGGUUCCCCCUCUGGCAUGAACGACUCCCCUCAGACCUACGAAAGCCUUCUGGCUCUUAACACCUCUCUUAAGACCCGCGUCAGUGAGCUUGACCUUAUCAACGAACUUUUCCGUGGUCGCGUCGCCGAACUUGAGCAGAGUGACGCUAGCGCGCGUCGUUCCGAGAUGAUCGCCCGCGAUUCCGAGUCUCGCCUGCGCGACUCUGAGGCCCGUCUGCGCCGCUCCUUGGAGGACGCUCAGCACCGCGAGGAAGGACUGAAGAGACGCAUCAAUGAGCUUGAGAACCAACUGACCGAGGCUGACGGCGACAACGGCGAGCCCUCCGCUAAGAGAAUCCGCCUCUCCGACAUGGUCGAGCAGUCUUCUGAAGAGUCUCCCUCGCAGACCAAAUCUUCUCCUAAGAGCGCUUAA